AUGGCAUUCUUUCAGUGGUUUCAGCGGAAGGAGCUGAAAACCAGUCCAUCGGCGUUUGUCCAAGACUUUGAGCAUCCAGAGCUGUGUGUUAUCUUUGGUUUUGGGGUCUAUUGGUCUCUGUGCAGUGGCUUGGUUCGCCCAGCACCAAUGAUGGCAGCACCUGGCACUGCUCUCUACCGCAGCUCCAAGUUUGUGUUUCAACACCUCCACCAGACUCAGGAUAGUACCGUGGCUGAGAACUUGACCAAGAUCAUCCGGUCCUGCGUCCACCAUCUCAUCCAGUCUCACUACACAGUCAAGAGUCUCCGUGCCGGUGCCAUGUCACGUUUGGCAUGGCUGCCCACUGUCACUUAUGAAGAGUGCAUCGCGUUGGGAGGAUGGAGCACCAAAGCCAGCCGAGAUUGGUAUGUCUGGCAGUACUUGGUGGCUGUCAUUCCAGGAGCCCUUGCUUUGGCCGGAUACCCAGAUCCUCGACAAUUGCCCUACGCUCCAACGUGUGAGAUUCUUUUCGCUGACAAUGAUCCAGCCAAGAUUUUUCCAAGGGACAAGUUCGUCAUUUUCCAGCGAGAUCUCUUCCCCAACAGUUUGCCGGAGCUUGCUCCGGGUGGCAGACUGAGGCCUUUCAUGGACAUUGUGACAGCCGUGAUGGUCAAGAACUACCGCUACAUGGAAACGAAAUAUGGAGCUGACCACCGGUAUGUGCAUCGAAUGAGAGUGGUGGUCCAGCGUGCUGGAUUGGCGCAAGAUUUGGUGGACGCAUCAACCAAGCUGCGGUACUGGUCCAAGAAAAUCCACGAUGAUACCACAACAAACAACAACAGCAACAGCGGUGUACUGUUGCGAGCCACCAUAUCCGACAAACUACAGGAAUUAUCUAGCAAUGUGGGAGAUUUACUGCGUACCCGACAACAAGAACAGCUGAACCAUGGGCUUAUUCUUAGCGGCAUAGGCGAUUUGAAGUCCGGCCAGUCAGAUAUUGCACAGGCAGUUCGCGAUCUACAGACACAAGUGGCACAAUUAACAACCAUGGUCCAGAAUGCCAGUCUUCGAACUGCGGUACCAUCGACUCCAUCUCCACGCAGGUCUCCACGCAGACGACAGACUCCGCAGCAACCUUCGCCCAUUCCACCACCACCACCUCCUCCUCCACCACCACCACCUCCUCCUCCACCUCCUCCACCGCCAGAACCAGAACAACGACGUAUGGCGCUGGUCAGAGCAGGAGCGGCUGGGUCAUCAGUUGCUGGCAGGGGAGCUCGAAGCCGGGAACGCAGAAUGAUGAACAUCCUAGUGGGUCUCUACCAACACGAUGACUUUCGAAAUCUACGGACGAAUGUGGCACUACGUUCGCUGGCUAAUGUUGUUAAUCUACGGAUCGGUGGGGAUGGUCGCAACUUGAAGAAAGUGGAAGUUGCACUGGAUCUUGUCGACUGCCUCUGGUCACCAGAUACAAGAACCAAAGCAAUAAACAAGAGCUUCCCCGAUGAAGCUGCUGCUACACAAGCGUUCUCCGAGGUGGACCAACGUGUUAAGAGGGCAUGUCACAUCCAUGACAAUCCAGGAGACAACCCAAAACCCAAUUCGCGUCGAGCUACAGCUGUUAUUGGAGUGGGCAACCUCAUCUUGAAGAGAGGCCGAGAGUCCUUUUUUGAUGCAAUCAACUCGAAAAUGCCAAAGUGGGGCCGGAUUCCACCAAUCGCCGCUGGUCAACAGACUCUAUGGGAUGUGGUCAUGGCCAAAGAAGAUGCCAUAAAAGCAAGAGUACGCACUACUAGCCGCAGAAGAUAA